UUCUACGGUGACGCUAUUGUUCAACCCGAAUUCAUCCGUCUGACCAACGAUGUGCGCAGUCAGCAGGGUGGUAUCAGCAGCACGAUGCCAACCACCUAUGUCAAUUGGGUAAUACAGAUCAUAUUUCAUGUACAUGGCGAAGGAAAGCAUUUGUACGGUGAUGGAUUUGCCUUCUGGUACACCCAAGAUCCCAUAACCUUUGGAAAUGCAUUUGGUGCACCACCGAAAUUCCGUGGUUUAGGUGUCUUCUUCGAUACCUAUGCUAAUCAAAACGGCCCGCAUACCCAUGAACAUCCAUAUAUCAGUGUAAUGGUAAACAACGGGUCCGCUUCUUAUGAUCACGAUCGCGAUGGAACACUAACUGCCGUGGCCGGAUGUUCCAGUGACUUCCGAGGCAAGCCCUACUCAACAGUCGUGUUAAAAUAUUCCGGCGACGAUAAGGAGAUUUCAUGCAUUGCCGUUGAUAAUGUCCGGUUACCGGUGGGCUACUACUUUGGACUGUCCGCGGCCACCGGUGAUCUGUCCGGUAAGCCAUUAUUUCUGGUUAUCGUGGAAUGCUUGGAAGUAAAUACACUAGAACGAAUAAACCCCAUGGAAAGAUUCAAGGACAACGUUGGGCUAAAAGCGAAUAGUAAUUCGAACAGCUUUGGUUUUGUGUUGUUUGACCCGUUCAAUGAUGGUGAAAACCGAAUUGAUGUCCAUGCCAUGUCCAAUCUCAACCAAAUGUGUAACAAUGGAACUUCAACUAACCCCGUUUUCUCCGUGUUUAAGCCACAUGCGACCCAAAACACAAAUCCAAGACUGUUCGGAUUCAAACACUUGCGAAAACCGAGACAAUUGUCAUUUGCUUGUUAA